CUAACUGGUUUACUUGUGUGUGUGUGUUUCCGUGUACCUGCCGCCGCCUAACAGAUGGGGACCAAGUCUCGCCAGAGAAAGUCGCCUCUUCCGCGCGGGUACCCGCCUCCCUCUUCGACCAUGUUGUUCGACGAUGACCCGGGCAUCAUGUCCGAGGUGGAGACCUCGAGCACCGGAUUUCGGCGGGGUGGUAAGCAAAGAAGCAGCCUCCCCGUCGUACGGACCCCCAGCAAAACUCUGGAGCGACCACUAGGUCUAGUGUUCCUGCAGUAUAGGAACGAGACGAAGCGGGCGCUCCUACCCAACGAAAUCACUAGCAUAGACACCGUCAAGGCCCUCUUCGUCAGAAGUUUUCCCAAGCAACUCACUAUGGAAUAUCUAGACAGUCCUCACGUCAAGGUUUACAUACACGACAGCAACAAGGACAUGUUCUACGAACUCGAAGAUCUCAGAUCGCAUCUGAGAGAUAUCCGAGACCGCAGCGUUUUGCGACUGUUUGAGAGCUCGGACGGUGUGACAGGGAUGUCAGGACCACUGGGAAUACCUGGGACAGGGUCGGGACUGCCCCCUCACUGGGAGGACCAGAGCUACUUCAGCGAGCCGGAAUUCGACAGCGAAUACCAGCAUCAGCAUAUUCACAAGAGCAAGGUAACGAGUCUCCGGAAACGUUUGCAAGAUUUAUUAUCCGCGUUUAUGCCUUCUACCGACCGGCACAGUUGGUACUCUUCGCGUCCUCGUAUCCUCGCGAUACGUCUGUAA